CCGCUUCCCAGAAUGGGCUGCGAGAAGGCUGGCCUGGUGCUGCUGCUCCUGACCCUGGAGGGCCUCCUGGCGACCGGACCCGCCAGGGCACACUCAGCCCCAGGUGUGGAGACCCCACAGAAGGCCCUGAGCACGGACUACUACUGCGACUUUGACAACGCCGACCGCCCCUUCUGCGACUGGAGCGCGCCCCCCGACAGCCAGUGGCUCCGAGAGCGUGGGCAGAGGCCCGGGGAGAGCCCUGGACCCCCCGAGGGAGACAUCGCACGGAGAGACUAUUACAUCUAUCCAGCUGCUGGGCCGUUCGCACAACUGGAAAGCCCAGAGGUGGACCUGGCCGGGGCGGAGGUCUGCGUGCGCUUCCUGUAUUAUUUGUACAGCCUCAGCAUGGAGGGCCAGCUGAGCGUCGAGAUCCGGGACGCCUCGGGCAGCGUCGCCCCCUUGUGGACCCGGAGGGGAAUGCAGAGCGCGUCCUGGCUGAGCGGGGCCGUGACGGUUCCUGCCCAGGCUCAGCGCCCCUUCAAGGUUGUUUUCAGAGCCAAACAGAUCAGCACAAAUGAAAUUACACUGGCUGUGGACUCCAUCUUCAUCCAGCUGGGACCUUGUUCACCCUGUGUGACCAAAUGCGAUUUUGAUAAUCCAACUGACCUCUGUGGAUGGAGCAACCCAGAAGAGGGAGAUGUGGCUUGGGGACAGUGGAGUGGCCCCACGAACAUGCCUGGUGUGGGGCCAUCGGAUGACUUCUCUCGGCCUGGAGUUGGUUCCUUCAUGUUGCUGGAUUCUUUUGAUGAGGCAACCCGAGGAAGUGGUUUUCUGAAGAGCCCCACGUUCAAUUCCUCGGGAGGGUGCCUGCGCCUGACGUUCCGCUACACUCUCCAUGGCGUCUCCAACGAUACAGCCCUGAAGAUCUACGCGGCUCCCCCAGGGGGAGACCUGGGGGUCCCGCUGCUGACUCUCAGAGGGGAGCAUGGUCCCGACUGGAGGGGGAGUUUUGCUAAUUAUACCGGGAAGGGGGACAUACAGUUUGUCUUCGAAGGCGUGUAUGCAGGGGAACCCAGCCUGGCAGUGGACAAUGUGGCAAUUUCUCCCUGUGAAGAUAUUUUCGCCAGCUGUGAUUUCAACAACAACAUGGACCCCUUCUGUGGCUGGAGCGCGUCUGUGAAUGAGACCUGGAGACGAACAAACCAGAGCACCCCAACUGAAGACACUGGCCCCCCUGGAGAUUUCCCCCAUGGUGAAGGCUACUACAUCUACGUAGAAGGUGGCCACCUGAAGCCGAAUGAGUCUACGCGUUUCUCCAGCCCAUCGUUCUGCAUGAAUCAGGAGUCCUGCGUUGAAUUCUACUACCACAUGCACAGCAUUGUGGAAGUUGAGACCCAGCUCCGGGUCCUGCUGGAGGAACCUUCGGGAAGCACCGUUCUCCUCUGGAACCGUACAGGGUCUCAGGGUCCCAGCUGGCUCUAUGGAUCUGCGAGAUUGCCGUAUGGCGGAGCACAGCCAAGCAAGAUCACUUUUGAGGUUGUCAGAGGAAGGAACGCCUACUUGGACGUGUCGUUGGAUAACAUUUCGGUGCACAAGGGCCUGUGUGCAGGGCACCCAGCCACUCCUGCGCCUCCAAGCACCAACUCGACAGCUCCACCAACUGCUGAGGGACCAGCGGUGACUGUACCACCUGAACACUCUACCAUCUCCCAGCCUACAACACCCAGUGCACCCACUGCCACAAAAAGCACAGGGACCCAGCCCCACCCAGCAACACUCAGCUCCACUGCCCCGUCCACCAGGCCAGUUGCUGUAACUACAAGCACCCCUGUGCCCACCAGGAAUGCAAGUGUGGCCACCACGCCAGUUCCUCCCAUCACCACCACCGAGGUUGUCCUUCCCAACAUCACCCUACCCAGUGGAGCAGCCUCUACUCCCAAACUGACAACGUCGUCAUUGCAACCGACCACUGGGAUCCCCAGACCAAGCAGACCAUCUUCCCCCAGUUCUACUACUUCUAAUCAUUCUACCGCCCAAGGGACACUGACCACCACCCUGGUUCCUCCCAUCACCACCACCAAGGAUGUCCUUCCCAACAUCACCCUACCCAGUGGAGCAGCCUCUACUCCCAAACUGACGUCAUUGCAACCGAGCACUGGGACCUCCAGACCAAGCAGGCCACCUUCCCCCAGUUCAACCACUUCUAAGAGUUCCCCCAGCCAGGUUACUCCUGUCCCCAGCAAGAAUGAAAGUCUGACCAGCACUCCUGUUCCUCCGAUCACUACCACCACAGGUAGCCCUCCCAACAUCACCAUUCCCGCCGGAACAAACUCUACUCCCAAAUUGACAACUUCAUUGCCACCGGCCACUGGGACCUCCAAACCAAACAAGCCAUCUUCCCCCAGCUACCCCCUGACUGGUUCCACCACUUCUAAGAGUUCCACCAGUCAAGGGGCUCCGAGCACCACUCCGGUUCCUCCCGUCAGCACCACCAAAACUGUCCUUCCCAACAUCACCCCACCCAGUGGAACAAGCUCUACUCCCAAACUGACAACAUCGUUGCAACCAACCAGUGGGACCUCCAGGCCAAGCCAGCCACCAACUUCCAGCUCUACCCUGGCCAGCUCUACUACUACUAAGUGUUCCACCGGCCAGGAUAUUCCUGUCCCUACCAGGAAUGAAAGUCUGAGCACCACUCCAGUUCCUCCCACCAGCACCACCAAAGCUGCCCUUCCAGACAUCACCAUUCACCCUGGGGCAGCCUCUACUCCUAAACUGACAACAUCGUUGCAACCCACCAGUGGGACCUCCAAGCCAAGCCAGCCAUCAACUUCCAGCUCUACCACUUCUAAGAGUUCCACCACUCAAGGGACUCAGAGCACCACCCCAGUUCCUUCCAUUCACACCACCACAGCUACCCUUCCCAACAUCACCGUCCCCAGUGGAGCAGCCUCUACUCCCAAACUGACAACGUCACUGCAACCUCCCGCUGGGACCUCCGGACCCAGAUCUACCUUGACCAGCUCUACCACUUCUAAAAGUCCCCCCAGCCACCCCCCACUCGUUACUCCUGUGCCCACCAGGAACGAACCUCUGAGCAGCACUCCAGUUACUCCCACCAAAGUUGUCCUUCCCAACAUCACUGUCCCCAGUGGAACAACCAAAUUGACAACCUCAUUGCAACCUCCCACUGGCACCUCCAGACCAGACAGGCCACCUAGUUCUACUCCAAGUCCCCAGCCCUCUGGUCCCACCAUCACGCAGCCCCUGCUGACGGACCCUGUUAAUACCCCCAAACCUACACCAGAGGAACCAAGCGUGGACCAGGCAACUCCUGAACAGCUUCCAGAUUCUGCACCCUGCGUAGUUUCUGGAGAUCCCCACUAUACGACGUACGACGGUCGUCUCUUCCAUUUCAUGGGGAAUUGCACCUACCUGCUCACUGCCACCUGCAAUGCCACUCCUGAUCAGCCCACCUUCCAGAUCCAGACAACCAAUGAACAUCGCGGGAGCAACACCAAGGUUUCCUACCUCAAGUCGGUCAACGUAACUGUGUACGGGACCCAGAUUGUGCUGCUGAAGGCGCGGAGGGUCACUGUGGACGGAAAGCGAGUUACCUUGCCUGUCUCCGUGGUCGGGGGUCAAGUGUCCGUACGCCUGAGUGGCACUUUCGUUCGGGUCCAAACGGAUUUCGGCCUCUCGGUGAGAUUUGAUGGGAACCACCACGCGGAGGUCUCCGUCCCGUCGUCCUAUUUUGGGAAGCUGUGCGGCCUUUGUGGCAACUUUAACGGACAAGCCGGGGAUGACAAUCUUAUGCCCAAUGGUACCUCCGCGGGGACCGAUGACAACCAGCUGGGGAAGAGCUGGCUGGUGCCCAAUAUUGGUGAUGCCAGCUGCACCGACUCAAAAGAUCCUGAAGAAUGCAAUCCAGACAUUGCAGCCGAAGCUCAGGGACCCACCAGCUGUGGGAUUCUUACAGAUCCCAAAGGUCCGUUCGCUCCGUGCCAUGGCAAGGUGGCCCCCGAGGGGGCAUUUGAGAACUGCUUCUACGACCUGUGUGAAACCGAUGGAGAUGCAGGGAUGCUGUGCUUUGCCCUACAGGCCUAUGCCGACCGCUGUGCCCAAGCCGGGGUCACCAUCGUCUGGAGAAACAGCACUUUCUGCCCCCUAAGCUGUCCUCCCGGGAGCUCCUACAGCUCCUGUGGUCCAGCCUGCCCGGCCACCUGCACGGAUGCAGCACCCAGGGACAGCUGCCCUGCUCUGCCCUGCGUGGAGGGCUGCGUGUGUGACCAGGGCUUCGUCCUCAGCGGAGACCAGUGUGUCCCUCUUGACCAGUGUGGCUGCACAGAUGCCGACGGGCACUACCAUGUGGUUGGGGAGAGCUGGAUGGGGGACCUGAACUGCACCCAGCGAUGCUCUUGCGCUGCUGGCGACAAUAUCACCUGCGAGGGGUGGAGCUGCUCCCCGGUCCAGGAGUGCCGGCCCGUGGACGGCCUGCUGGGCUGCCAAGACACAGGAGUAGCCACCUGCCACGUGGCUGGAGACCCCCACUACUACACCUUUGACCUCAAGAUGGUCUCCUUCAUGGGCACCUGCACCUACACCCUGGUGGCCCUGUGCCAGCAGGACCCUCGCCUGCCGUUCUUCAAUAUCACGGCCAAGAACGAGGAGCGAGGCCAGCCAGAGGCCUCCUACUUGCGCCAUGUGACGGUCUAUGUACAGGGAGUCACCAUCACGCUGCAGAAGAGCCGGCGCGUGCUGAUCGAUGGCCAGCGUGUGCGAGUACCUGCGGAAGGCCGCAUCCCGGGGGUCUCCAUUGUCCCCAGGGGCAUCUACGUAGUCAUAGAGACGAACUUUGGGCUGGUGGUGAAGUUUGAUGGGAACCAUCACCUGGAGAUUCAGCUGCCGGGGACAUAUUUCGGGAAGGUUUGUGGCAUGUGUGGCAACUACAACAACCAGAGCACAGACGACUAUCUGAUGCCAAAUGGACAUUUGGCGGUCAACGACAGCCAGUUUGGGAACAGCUGGAAAGCACCCGGUGAUGCCGACGCAGGCUGCCAGCCAGACAAUCGUCCGGACUCGGAAUCCAGCUGCUCCCGCCAGGAACUGGAGCGCCUGGGCGCCUUGUGCAUGGAGAUCAUGGCGCCCAAGUACCAGGCCUGCCACUCCCUCAUCGACCCCAAGCUCUUCUUCCAGAACUGCCUUUACGACAUGUGCCAGUACCAGGGCAUGGCCUCCGUCCUCUGCGACAACAUCCAGGCCUACGUGGAGGCCUGCAGGAGCCACGGCGUGGCCGGCAUCUCCUGGAGGAACAGCACGUUCUGCCCUCUUCCUUGCCCUCCGGACAGCCACUUCUCCGAGUGCGCCUCUCCGUGCCCAGCCACCUGCUCCAACCUCUACGCCCCUGCCAGCUGCCACUACCCCACGCCCUGCGUGGAGGGCUGCGCCUGCGACCGGGGCUACGUGCUCAGCGACCUCACGUGUGUCCCCAUGCGGGAGUGUGGGUGUCGGGACCAUCAGCAGGAGUACCACAAUAAUGGAGACACCUGGGUGACGAGCGGCUGCCAACAACGCUGCAUCUGCCUGGGCGGGCAAAUUCAGUGCCAGCCUUUCAGCUGCCCGACGGGGUCCCUGUGCAGCACCAGCACCGAGGGCCUGCACUACUGUCGGCCCACCACCUUCCACCAGUGUGUGAUCUCGGGGGACCCGCACUACCGCACCUUCGACAACUUCGUCCACCACUUCCAAGGGCGCUGCACGUACACCCUGACUCAGACGCUGGGGCGACUCCCCGAAGGGCUGGAGCCCGUCUCCGUGGCGGGCCGGAACCACCGCCGGUCCAUCCUCCACCGCGUCUCCUUCCUGCGCGAGCUUUACGUGGAGGUGCUGGGCUUCCAGAUCACCCUCAUGCAGGGGCGCAAGAUGGCGGUCAACGGUGUGAGGGUCACUCCUCCCUACUCCCCCACGGAGGGGCUCCAGAUCACCCAGAGGGGCCGCAGGUUGAUUGUCCAGACCAAUUUCGGCUUCUCGCUCUCGUAUGAUGGCCAAAACGGUGCCGAGAUUGUCCUGCCCAGCACCUACCAGAAGCGGGUUGGCGGCCUCUGCGGGAACUACGAUGGCCGUCGCAAUAAUGAGUACAUGAAGCCGGACGGGACCCUGGCCCGGACCCUCAAUGCCUUUGGCAACAGCUGGCAGGUCUCAGUCAAGAACAAGGAGCUGGACGGAGGGAGCGGAAAAUUCAGCCCUGGCAGAGUCAGGCGUCAGGAACCGGACGAAGAGCCCGAAUCGGGCUUCGAGAUGGACUGCACCCCAGGACAGCUGGCCGUCGUCAACGGGACCAAGGCCUGCGGGGUGCUGUCGGACCCCGCUGGCCCCUUCUCGGCCUGCCACGCCGCGGUGUCCCCUGCACCUUUCCAAGAGGGCUGCGUCUACGACCUGUGUGCCUUGUUUAACGACACGGAGCUGCUGUGCCAGGCUCUGGAGGCCUAUGCCCAGCUAUGCCAGGAGGAGAAGGUGGACCUGGGGCGCUGGAGGCAGGACACCGGCUGCCCGAUGGCGUGCCCGGCCCACACCAACUACCAGCCCUGCAUGACCGCCUGCCCGGCCAGCUGUGCCAACAUGGCUGCCCCGUCCAGCUGCGAGGCCCCUUGCGUGGAGGGCUGUGCCAGCGCCCCCGGCUACGUCCUCAGCGGGCUGGUCAACGUCCCCUACGACCAGUGUGGCUGCUUAAGCCAUGGGCAGUAUUACCAGGUCAACGAGACCUUCAUGACGGAGGACUGUUCCCAGCGAUGCACCUGCCGCCCGGGGGCCCUCGUGGAGUGCUUGCCCACAGGCUGCCGCCCAGGGGAGGUUUGCGCCGUCUCCAACUACGCCCGCAACUGCUUCAAAGACGACGCCUGCCUCAGCAGCCCCUGCCAGAACGAGGGGACGUGCCAGGUCACCUCCGGGGGCUUCCUCUGCCUCUGCCUGGAGGGCUACGUAGGAAGCCUCUGCCAGGAUUCCCCGCUGGAGAGCCCGACCCCAGCGCCCCCCGUCUCCAGCACCCCCGGCACCAGCACCACCCAGGCCCCGCCAGAGGUCAGCCUGACCACUGACCCAGGGGACCCCGGGGACCCCGACUUGCUGGCCAUCCUGCUGGGCAUCUUCAUCCCCCUGGCCGUCAUCCUGCUGGCCCUGAUCAUCUUCUGCGUCUGUCGGCAGCGGAAUAUUGGGUACAAGAUACAGCAGAAAGAAGAUCGCGUCUCCAUCAUCUCGACCUCAGGCUUCGCUGGCUUGUGAGACCCAGGCCCACGGGAAGAGGCCCCCCUCGUCCACCUCAAGCAAAGACACCCCCCGGCCCCCCUAGUUUGUCAGGGCAGCUUGCCAUAGGUCACAACAGGACUCUUUCUCACCCACCCACCCAUCUCUGGAGCUGGCUUAAUUGGGGGGACAAUGAGAGGACCUCAACCCCAACUCUACCCACCAAGUUGCUUGACGGGCCUCAUCUCUGCACCCCCAGGAGGGGAAGGACAUCUGCAGGAACACAGAGGAAGGAGGGAAGGAAGGAAGGAAGGAAGGAA